AUGCCAUCUUCCAAUAAUUCGGUGGUUCCAUUGCCACUCUCGAUGGCAUCGGAACGAGACAUGGAGGCCUCAAUGGCUAUUAACGAGAAAAUGAUCGCUCGAAAUUAUGAGAAUCUUGAUCCAUCUUACCCUCAAACUAUUUCAGCUAACUUGGAGCAAGCGAUUGAACUGAGUGCUCACCUCACUCAGUCCCGAUCCUCCGGAGGAAAUUCAAUAGAGGUCAAUACUACCAACGUUAGUAUCAAACAAGAGAAUUCAUCACCAACUAAUAACAAUCCAAUACACUCUUUCGAAAAGAAUCAAUUUAUUGACGAUGACAGUGAUGAUGAUCAUUUGGAAUCUCCAACUGCUGGAAAUUUAAUUCAAAUAUCUAUACCUUCUCGAAAAUUGAGCGGUGCCUCUUCUCAACAACACGAAAGACCUCUCUCAGAAGAAGAUCUUUCCUUCCUUAAAUUGGAAAAUAAUGCUGAAGAUCGAAUUGUUUUUGAUCCUCAUGACACGAAUAGUGACGAUGGAUUUUUGAAUUUUGUACAUAAGAGCCAUAAGAAUUAUUUAAAAGUUUUCAUGAUGACUUGGAACAUGCAAGGGUUGUCCUCGCCGAAUGAAGAAUACAUUUCGUCGUUUGUGCCCAUCAACAAGUAUCAUAUUUAUUGUUUUGGAACUCAAGAAUGUGAGAGAUCAAUAGGAACCUCUGUCAUUAUAGAUUCAAAGGCGAAAUGGGAAAAAACUCUAAAUAACGUUAUGGGAGACUCAUAUGUUCAACUCGAAAGUAAUACCCUUGUAGCUAUCCAUAUUAUCAUUUUUGUAAGAAAGGAAUUAUUGUCACAAAUAUCCAAUGUGACCGUAUCAAGCGUGGCAACGGGACUAUAUAAUCAAAUAGGAAAUAAGGGUGGUGUUGCCAUAUCCUUCAAGAUGGGAAAUCGAAAGUACAUUUUUAUUAAUAACCAUCUUCCUGCUCAUCAGGAAAAUGUUAAGGAGAGAAAUGAAAGUUUUGAACGAAUAAUAAGCGGAGUUGAAUUUGAUGGUAAGGUCAAGCCAUCCAAGACCAAGGUAAAUCCAUCUGCCUCCACUACAUCACACACAAAUUUUCACUUGUUUAAAAGAAGUGAGCGGCCUGACAUUUUCAAAAAGAAUAAUUUUGUAUUUUACAUGGGAGAUUUAAAUUAUCGAAUUAAUGGAAAUAGAAACGUUGUAGAUAAGGUCUUAAAGAUGAACGAUUUACAAGUACUGUUACAAAACGAUCAACUCAAUAUUGAACGAAAGAAAGGAUCCACAGAUUUAAGGUUUUUUGCAGAGGGUGAAAUUUCAUUUCCACCCACGUACAAGUACGAGAAGAAUUCGAAUCAAUACGACUUGAGUAAGAAAAAGAGAAUACCCGCAUGGACCGAUAGAAUAAUGUUUAAACCUUCCAAGCAGGGGAAAAUUGAAUUGAUUGACUACAAUUGCUUUCCACAGGCUAAAUUUUCAGACCAUCGACCUGUGUAUGCAACGUUUCUAGUGGACAGUCCUGGAGUAUCUCUUGAAAAACAACAAGAUUCCAAGAAUACAGGCACCACAUCGUCCACUGUCUGUAUGAUACAAUAA